AGAAGAAAAGCUCCCGAGCGGAGCGACAAGACUGGAUAACGCAGGCACGGGAAAGGUGAGAAUGAGGACAGGACUCGAAAAAUAAAAAGAAGAGAAGGGGAAAACACAAGAACAGAAAAGCAACAGAGAAAGAAAAAAAAAGACAGCACACAGAAACAGUGCGGGUUUUACGCACGACGAAAUAUAAACGAGAGAAAACAGAAAACUACUAGCACACUUAUUAUUACCUAUCCAAGACCCACAGUUAAAAAAAAAAGAUUUAAGAAGAGAAUUAAAUUGUGAAGUCUCUCUUCCUUCACAUUGAUAUCGGCGUACUGACAGCCACAAUAGCCUCAUGGAUCUUAGAACAGAAAGAAAAUAUAGGUAGCGUUUCAGCGUGUGAAGAACUUGGAAUAUAUAUAUAUAUAUAUAUAUAUAUAUAUAUAUAUAUAUAUAUAUAUAUAUAUAUAUAUAUAUAUAUAUAUAUAUAUAUAUAUAAAAUCAGUUGGAGCUGUCAAAUAAGAAUGGAUUGCAGCCUGUUGCGGAGUCUUAUUAAUAGAUACUGUGCCGGAGAAGAGAAUUGGGUGGACAGUCGGACAAUAUACAUUGGGCACCGGGAACCCCCUUCAGGCACAGAUGCUUACAUACCACAGAGAUAUCCAGACAACAGGAUUGUUUCUUCAAAGUACACUUUUUGGAACUUUGUACCCAAAAACUUGUUUGAACAGUUCAGAAGAAUUGCCAAUUUUUAUUUCCUAAUCAUUUUUCUAGUACAGUUAAUAAUUGAUACCCCAACCAGUCCAAUUACAAGCGGACUACCACUUUUCUUUGUAAUCACAGUAACAGCUGUUAAACAGGGCUAUGAAGACUGGCUCAGACACAAAGCAGACAAUGCAGUGAACCAGUGUCCUGUCCACAUCAUUCAGCAUGGCAAAGUGGUGAGGAAACAAAGCAGGAGAUUACGGGUUGGAGACAUCGUCUUGGUUAAAGAAGAUGAAACUUUCCCAUGUGAUUUAAUCUUCCUGUCAUCAAGCAGGGAGGAUGGGACGUGUUUUGUAACAACUGCCAGUCUGGAUGGAGAAUCCAGCCACAAGACCUACUAUGCUGUACAAGACACAAAGGCAUUCCAUACAGAGCAAGAGGUGGAUACGAUAAACGCAACCAUUGAAUGUGAACAGCCCCAGUCUGACCUUUACAAAUUUGUUGGCCGCAUAAAUAUUUAUCAAGACCGGGAUGAGCCUAUAGCCAGGCCUUUGGGAUCCGAAAAUCUACUUCUUAGAGGAGCUACCUUAAAGAACACAGAACACAUUUUCGCUGUCGUUAUAUACACUGGCAUGGAGACCAAAAUGGCUUUGAAUUACCAGUCUAAGUCACAGAAAAGAUCUGCUGUGGAGAAGUCUAUGAAUACCUACCUGAUUGUCUACCUGUGUAUUCUGAUCAGUAAAGCUGUGAUCAAUACAGUAAUGAAGUAUGUUUGGCAGAGCGAUCCUAACCGAGAUGAACCUUUUUACAACCACAAAACAGAUUCAGAAAGGCAAAGGAACAUGCUCCUUAAAGUGAUUACAGAUUUUCUGGCCUUCAUGGUUCUGUUCAAUUACAUCAUCCCUGUGUCCAUGUACGUCACCGUGGAGAUGCAGAAGUUCCUUGGUUCCUAUUUCAUAACCUGGGAUGACGACAUGUUUGACAGUGAACUUGGAGAAGGUGCUUUAGUUAACACCUCUGAUCUAAAUGAAGAGCUGGGACAGAUUGAAUAUGUUUUUACAGACAAAACGGGAACCCUAACAGAAAAUAACAUGGAGUUCAUUGAGUGCUGUGUUGAUGGACACGUCUAUGUAGCUGACGCCAUCUGUAAUGGACAGAUUCUGACCGGUACUGUUGGCAUGGACAUGAUUGACUCUUCCCCUGGAGCAGGUGGAAAGGAGAGAGAGGAGUUGUUUUUCCGGGCCCUCUGCCUUUGCCACACAGUCCAGGUGAAGGAGGAAGAAAGUGUGGAUGGGAUAAAGAAAGGGCUUCAGCCAUGUGGAAAAUCCUCCUCCGUUUACAUAUCGUCCUCCCCAGAUGAAGUGGCCUUGGUCGAAGGGAUGAAGAGACUUGGUUUCACAUAUUUGAGACUCAAAGACAACCAUAUGGAGAUAUUGAACAGGGAUGACGAUAUUGAAAGGUUUGAGUUGAUGGAGGUACUGAGCUUUGAUUCAGUUAGACGGCGGAUGAGUGUCAUUGUGAAGUCAAGCACAGGAGAAUAUUAUCUUUUUUGUAAAGGAGCAGAUUCUUCCAUUUUUCCCAGAGUUAUUCAAGGCAAAGUUGACCAAGUUCGAGCCAGAGUCGAGCACAACGCUGUGGAGGGCUUGAGAACUCUUUGUGUUGCCUAUAAAACUCUCGCACAAGAGGAAUACGAGAGUGUCUGCAAACAGAUAAACACUGCGAAACUGGCCUUGCAGGACAGGGAUAAAAAGUUGGCUGAGGCUUUUGAUUUUAUAGAGCGAGAUCUGAUUCUGCUUGGCGCAACUGCUGUGGAGGACAGACUCCAGGAUAAAGCUGCUGACACUAUAGAAUCCUUACACAAAGCUGGCAUGAAGGUGUGGGUACUGACGGGGGACAAAAUGGAGACGGCAGCGGCCACCUGCUACGCCUGCAAACUGUUCCACAGGAACACGGAGAUCCUGGAGCUCACCACCAAGAGAACCGAGGAGCAGAGUCUCCACGAUGUGCUCUUCGACUUGAGCAAGACCGUACUGAGGCACUGCGGCAGCCUAACCAGAGACACUGUAUCAGGGCUCUCCCAUGAUGUGCCGGAUUAUGGUUUAAUUAUUGACGGAGCAACGCUGUCUGCAGUCAUGAAGCCGACAGAAGAGAGCAGCUCUGGCAACUACAAGGAAAUUUUCCUUGAGAUCUGCAGAAACUGCAGUGCCGUACUCUGCUGUCGAAUGGCUCCAUUGCAGAAAGCACAGAUUGUAAAAAUGAUUAAAACGUCAAAGGAGCACCCCAUCACAUUAGCCAUCGGCGAUGGAGCAAAUGAUGUCAGCAUGAUUCUUGAGGCUCAUGUGGGAAUAGGUAUCAUGGGAAAAGAAGGCCGACAAGCGGCUAGAAACAGCGACUAUGCAAUUCCUAAAUUUAAGCACUUGAAAAAGAUGCUGCUGGUGCACGGACAUUACUAUUACAUUAGAAUAUCUGAACUGGUGCAAUACUUCUUUUACAAGAAUGUCUGCUUCAUCUUUCCUCAGUUUUUGUACCAGUUCUUCUGUGGAUUUUCACAGCAGCCAUUGUAUGAUACUGCAUAUCUUACAUUGUAUAAUAUCAGCUUUACAUCCCUUCCAAUACUGCUGUACAGUCUAAUUGAACAACAUGUAAACAUGGAUAUACUUAAGAGAGACCCAUCACUCUACAGGGAUAUAGCCAAGAACUCUCUACUGCGCUGGCGGAUAUUUAUUUACUGGACACUCCUGGGGGUCUUUGACGCAGUGGUAUUCUUCUUUGGUGCUUAUUUCCUGUUUGAUAACACCACUUUCACAAGUAACGGACAGCUAAUGACAGCCAACACAAACAUGAUGUUUGGAAACUGGACAUUUGGCACUCUUGUGUUCACUGUGCUGGUCUUUACUGUCACAUUAAAGCUUGCACUAGACACCCAGUACUGGACAUGGAUAAACCACUUUGUAAUCUGGGGUUCGUUACUGUUUUACGUCAUUUUCUCUCUUCUCUGGGGAGGCAUCAUUUGGCCUUUCCUGAACUAUCAGAGGAUGUACUACGUCUUUAUGCAGAUGCUGUCUAGUGGUCCUGCGUGGCUAGGCAUCAUUUUGCUCAUCACUAUCAGCCUCAUUCCAGACAUGCUUAAAAAAGUGAUAUGCAGGCAGCUGUGGCCCACAUCGGCAGAAAGAAUCCAGAAUGCUUUAAAGCAGUCCAAGAGGGUCAAUGUCUCAGAGUUUAGCCCUCUUUCCACCGUUAAGACUUCAAAAAGCAAAAGCAGUGAACACAGGAACCCUCAGCCUACAAGAACAAACUGGUGUUGCCUGUGUGCAAAUCUUUUAUCAAGAAACACGCCCCAAGACAUUUUGUCAUAACUGCUUACACUGUAAGUCGCAAGGUGAAGGGAGUAGAUUGCUUGUGCUAGACUGUUCCCCUUUAAUGGUAGUGUGUGAGCGCUUGAAUGCUUAUAGAGUAGAUUCACAUUUCACUGGAAUGUCAAGUUAGCUGGUCAUUACUUCAGUUUGUUCCCCAUUAGGCAGCACUGCCACAGACACUACAGCUGUAGCAUUACUGCGUGACGGUAAUCCCCUAUAUCCCACAUGCCAUAAACUACUAGGGGUGUGCCGAUACUCGUAUUUUCUGAGUAAUUACCUUGUCAGCAGGUAUUAAAUAAAUCCAUUCAUUAAUGUGUUGAUUUCAAACCUUCCUUUACAACAGAGUACCAUUGAAUGGCAGUUAACUUCCGCAUUGAGUGCUUUGAAAGGUGAUUGGAAGCAAACUAUCCUCCUUUUACUGCUGUACCUGUAAAAGAUGUUGCGAAGUUAGCAAAUGCAACUGAUUCGUAGCGUCAAUGUGACCUUUCCUUAAACCUAACACAGGAGCUACCGCUGUGAAAACUGGGAUGUGUAUUUCUUUGUUUAAUAAGAGAUUGCAUCUUGCCCAGGACUACAAUCCCACAAUUCACAGCAGACAUGACGCAUUUCUAAGGAAAGUGAAAUAAAAAUGAUUUCAUAUCCAAAGUAUAAAACAAAGGUAAGACAUAUAAUUGCUUAAGAAUAUAAAUGAGUUUUAGUUGGCUUGAUCAUGACAAGUUAUUUAUUAAAUAACACUGUCAGAUUGUCAAUGAGUGAAACUCCAUAAUUGUGGAAACAGAGGGAUAGUUUUGUUUUGUGUUGACUAAUUAACAUAUUUUACUCAAUUUAAUUAAUACCUAACAACUUCAAAUUUCUUAAAGGUAAUUACUCAGAAAAUAUAAGUAUCUGCACACCCCGAAUUUGUAUGUUUAUUAUGCAACAAUACAACAUAUUUGUAUUGUAGGAAAAAAAAAAAAAAAACAUCCGCCCCCCCCCCCCCCCAUGCAAAAUGCAAAAUGAAAAAUAAAAAUAGCCAUAUUAGAAGUACUCCUUGAUAACAAUAGAUCCUCUUAAUAUUAAAUCAGUCCAAUGCCUUUGUAACAUUAUAACCACUAUAGGACAGUAUUCAUAUGCUUCCUAGUUAAAAACACAUCUGUGCUGCCAAAGCAGUGCAGAUUCAGAUGUAAAGGUGAAAAUCCUUUAUGCAUGGUAGCCACUUUGCAUUGUGUCCAUCCAUUAAGCAUGUCUUCCUUCCAUUAGCCUUUGUGUCUCUUCCUUGUCUUGAUUUCACACCCAGUGCUUUACUGAAACGAACAAAUGGGAAAGAAAAGUCUGUCCUUUCAUUUAGGUGAAUUUCAUUAAAAUGGUGUAUUUAAUGGGAUUUGAAGGAGGCUUUUUCAAUACAAAACGUAAUUACGAGAAUUGUAUUAAGUAUAAACUUAGGCAGUUACAGUGUAAAACACUGGUGUGGUGGAAUAGGGUCCGCCGCUUACAGCACGAGAGGUUCCUUCUUUUAUUUUAGCUUUUCAUUUCAGCUUGCAUUACUGCAUUUUUAACACUUCUUAUUGGUUACACCAUUAACAAAGCAUCCGUUUUUUUUUGUUGUUUUUUUUUAAAAUCAUAUUUUCAUUUUAUUCAGCAUCAUUUCUUACUUUUGUAUUUUUCUCAUUUCCAUCCUUCAGUGAUAAAUAAGAAGACCCUUGCAUGGUGGUUGAAACAGCUGCACUCCUGCCCUGCCUACUAACAUUUCAGCUCACUGCAACCUCCUAACAACCCUCUUUCCAAUCAUCAGCUCAUUGAUCUGCUAUCAGCAUCUGGGCACAAAACUAGCAAACCACAGUAGCAGAAAGUAUGUUAACUUUGGAGAUGCGGGCUCUGCUAUUAACACCUUGGAUACUAAGAUACUGGAGUCAUUACUACUGUAAAUCCUGCAUUGUACUGCCGCCGAUAGUAGCUAAUCUUUAUAGUUUGCUUUGCUCUUAAUUUAAUCACAUGCUUGUUUUCACAGUCUUUUGGACAUAUGUACAAAAAAAAAAAGCAUAAAAAAGAAAGCAUCUCAGAAAUGUUCUGCUUGUCAUUAAUUUCAUUUUUUAAGUUUUUAUUGUGGAUAAAUCUUGACAAUUCCAUAGUUAUGCUUACAGAAGAUGUACAGUAAAGCGCGUAUUGUACUGUAUAGGUUGGGAUACGGGUAGAAAGGGCAACAGAAUGUUGAAGUGACAACACCCCUAGUGCAAAAAGAGCUGUUCUGUUGUUCAGAAUGUAUAUGUGACGUUUGAAAAACUGUGAAAGCCAAAAUGCAAUGUAAAUUACCUGGACUUAAAAUUAAUUGCAGGUGAAACCAACCUAUGACUUUAUGCAUGCACAUUUUUUUUUUAGUUAAUUUAUAUUUUAAGUACCUCAUAUUUAUCUUAUACUUAUCAAUGUAGCCAUGUAGUGGUAUUAAACAUCAGAAAUCAUAUUUAGCUAAAUUAAGAGUAAGCUCUGUUCUGACAGUUCAGCGGAUUAAUGACCACACUCACACUUUUACAAAUUACUGUAAACUGUUGCACAGAAAAAUCCACUUGAAUUCAUUGAAAUGUAUCAAGGAACCACAGUACUAAACUGCAAAAGAGCACAUUAGUUUUUAUGAUGUGCAGUCAGUCGCAUCACUUCAAUCCAGUGGCUGUCAGAAUCUUUAUCACAGUCCUCAUUGCAUUGCAUUAAACUGUCCCAUUCUCCAUUACUGUACAAAUCAUGCGAGAUACAUGAAUAAAGGGUUCUGGUAACCCAAAAGCUCCCUACAUUAAUACAUCUGGCAUACUCUGUUACAUUAAAAACGAAUGACGAUCACCAUAUGUGACUACUUGUUCAUUGCUAUCCAGAUUCUCGUGAAUAGUAAGCUCUGCUGUGUCAUGAAAUGCAUUUUAAGUGUAGUGUAUCUUACGUAGGUCUUUUGUAAAUCUUACAAACUGAGUUUUUAUUACUUUUGUACACUACUAGGAUGAACAGAUUUUUAUUUAUUUAAAUGUCAACAAAAAAUGUGCUGCUUUAUUGUUUUUAUUUUUUACUAAAAUACAAACUGUUAUACCAACUGUUCACUGUUGGGAAUAGUACAACCAAAUGGAUUCAGUUUCAAUGAUGUCUGUAAUAAUCACCUAAACUAACCCUGAAUCUUACUGUUUCUACAAUGGUGGGCAGAACGUAAUCAUGCCAGUUUGUAAAUUUCAACAGAAUGUAUUUGUUUUCUUUUUCAAUAAGUUGGCAAGACAGCUGGCUCUUCACUUAACUGAGAAUCGGGUGAAAUGUAUACAAUCUGGGGGAAAGGGUAGAAGAUUAAAUUACUUUAUAGUUUUGUUUGUAGGUGUACAUUUUUUAACAGAUUAAUAUCUGUCAAUAUUCCAGCCUUUCUGUAGUAUAUUCAAACAAAGAACUUUAACUCUGCCUGUAAUAAAGACAGAAUGAAAAGCCAGA